UGAAGAAUGAUAGUUGUUAUUCGCCUAACUCGUCAGUAUUCCGCGUUAAUCUGAACUAGACGUUUUUCAGAUGGUUCGAUGGCUUCUAAGGCUUUGCCCUUUACUGGUCUCACCGGCAUUUCUGGCUGACGUAAUCGACAAUGGCUUGAACGGAGAGCCAGUGAUAGAAUGCGGUAGCGAAAGUUUGAGCAUACGCUUCCGGACGCGAUCACCCUUCGAAGGACACAUUUACGUCAAAGGGCACUAUGGGACACCUGGAUGUCGAUCGGAUGCUUCGCUGGAGAACUCAGCCAACUUGACAGUUGGUUUCACAGAAUGUGAUGUGUUACGACAAAGAUCGAAUUCUCCCCGCGGUCUUCUCCUCGUUUCAACCAUCAUUAUUUCUUUCCAUCCGAUGUUCGUGACAAAGAUUGACAAGUCGUAUAGAGUACAGUGUUUCUACGCUGAAACAGCAAGGACUGUUACUCAAAAUCUCAAUGUCAGUGAAGGUGGAAACAUGCAGAGGAAUGUGCUCGUUGUCAUUGGCGAUGAAGGGGCGUCCAAGGGAAGUCGACCGUCGAAUGUUCUUCACGACCCUGGUCACAACCUUCAUGGCGAAACACUCACUGCUACGGUGCCGCUGCCAGAAUGCAAAUAUCAGGUUCUUUCUGAGGGAAAAAAUGGAACACCUCUGAAAUUUGCUUCAGUAGGUCAACAAGUCUACCAUGAGUGGACAUGUGACCCAGAUGGAAAAUUGGCAGAUGACUCAUCCUUUUGCGCUACGGUUCACUCCUGCAAUGUGAAGGAGGACGGAGGACGCGAAGUGCAGUUGCUUGACGAGAAUGGUUGCGCUGUGGACAGGUACCUCCUAAACAAUCUGGAGUACACAUCAGACCUGACAGGUGGCCAAGUGUCCCAAGUGUUCAAAUUUGCCGACCAACCUUCGCUUUUCUUCCAGUGUCAAAUUCGCAUCACCAUAAAAGAUGGAAGCGUUUGUAAGCGCACAUCAGACGACUGCCCAAGAACUUUGAGAGGAAAGCGAUCUUCUGAGAGUGAGGAUGACAACAAUGUUGACGUCGUCUCACAGUAUAUGACUGUGUUCGAUAUCGACGAUACUUCGACUGAUCCUUCAUCCCUUCGUCAAUCAUCAAACGGGGACAUCUGUGUCUCUCCACUAGCAGCCGGAAGUCUUCUCUCUGCAUUUGCCUCAUCUCUUCUGGUUUGUGUUGCGUGUUUGGCUACCAUGAAUCGACGAGGCAUCGCCCAUGUGAAGCUGCAAGACUAGAAUCUCCUUUCUUUCGACGUCAUCUUGUUUAGUUCACGAACUUACCCCUUUGAUGAUUUCGGGACAGACUUUCUUGAAAAUCUUUCCACAUAUGUACAUAUCUUGUAAUACACUUUCUUGAACAAAAC